AUGGCUAUGGUUCUACAAGCAAAUCGUAUGACAAACGGCAAUAGCAGCACGGUUCCAAUGGAUACAUGUAAGCCGCUGCAUCAUAAUUCUUGUUCAUCAACAUCAUCAACACCACCACGUUCAGCAUCACCAAUAAAUAAUCAAGAAGAUAGUUUUCGUCGAAUGAUAUUUGAAAAAAUUGAAGAAGCAAAACGUGAUAUUGAUCCAAAAAAAUGUCGACAAAUAUUAGAUGAUUUAAUGAAAAUGUUAAAACAUCUUACAGCUGAUGUUAAUAAUUAUAAUUUAGCAUUUCGUGAAACUCGACCACCUUUUUAUAUGCAAGAAUUUCAACGUUUGACUGAUCGUAUUGAUAUAUUAACAAAAGCUCGUGAUACAUUAACAGAAUAUCUUCAUGAAGUUGAAGAUCAAAAUAUUGAAAGUGUAUUUGCAUAUUCAUCAUCAAUAAAUGAUGUAUCAUCAAUAAAUGGUCAAUCACAAUAUUCACCAUCAGAAAAAUCUCCUCAACAACAUAAAUUAUCAACAUCAUCAAUUCAAACAAACUCAAAAGAUAUACAUGUAAAUGAUUAUUCAACAUCAAAUGAUCAACAGAAAAAUUAUCAUAUUUAUCCAUCAUCACCUCCUUUACCUACAUAUGUUUUAUCACAACAAGCAAAUAAUUUGAAUCAACGAUCUCGUAGUCCAAGUAUGACACCAAGUAAUUUUAUUCGUGUUCAUUUUCCAAAUAAACAUACAACAGCUCUUGCACCACGUAAUGAUGAAACACUUGAAGUAGCACUUGAAUCACGAGCGUCGCGACAUUCAGUAACUAAUUUAAGAGAAUAUACGCCAGUUUAUAUGAUAUCAAGGCAACCAUGUCCAUGGGAUAUAACCCUUGAUCGUGUCCUUGAAACAGAAAUUGAACUUGAAGAAAAAACAAAACUUGAUCAUUCAUUUAUUCGAAAAACAUUUUUUACAUUAACUUAUUGUGAUGCAUGUCAUAAACUACUAUUCCAAGGACUUCGAUGUCUUGUAUGCGGUUAUCGUAUACAUGCUCGAUGUAUUCGUAAAUCUCAUUCAUGCCGUUUUGAAUCACGAGAUAUAUUUUAUCGGUAUUCUUCUCUAAAUGAAAAUAUCCCAACACCUCGCUUUAAUGUUUUUGGUGUUCCUUGUGUUGUCUGUCAUCAACGUAUUCGUGGAACUCAUAAACGUUGUGUUUCAUGUCGAAAUCGUUAUCAUAAUUAUUGUUAUAUGAAAGCACCUAUUUGUUCUCAUCCUAUUCUUCAACACAUUAAACAUCCCGGUUCAAAUAGACUUGAUAUAGAACGAACAACAACAACAAAAAAUAAAGAACCAUCACGUAGUCUACCUCGUUUUCCAUUACCAAGACCAAGUAUAAAUACAAAUCAAGGAGUUGAUAUCAGUCAGGAUUCAUACGGUAUUCAACCAGUACCAACAAUAUCAAAUGUUGGUUACUGUUCGAAUGUUAUUCAAUCAACAGUGAAUAUAUCAUCAUCACUAUCAUCCAGUUCAUUCUUUCAACAAACUUCAUCAUUGCCAUCAUCAGCAUUACAGAUGCAUCACAUGCCUCAGUCAUUACUUACUGUUAAUGGGCCACUUAUCACUAGUACGGAAACUCUUCGACCUAGUAUGAUCAAACCAUCAAGUGAUAGUGUUAUUGAUAUAAAAAAACCACAUAAACAUGUCAGUGAAUGGGAAAUUCGAGCAGAAGAUUUACUCAGUCGUGGACGUAUGGUUGGUCGAGGUACAUAUGGUACUGUCUAUAGAGCUGAAGUACGAUUACAUGGUUUAAUUGCACUCAAGGAAUUAAAUUUUGUUUCACCAACACCUAGUCAAUUUCAAGCAUUUCGAAAUGAAGUCAUAGCACUAAAAAAAAUUACGCAUCAGAAUACAUUAAAUUUUUAUGGCUAUAUUCUUUCACCACGCUUUGCUAUAGUAACACAAUGGUGUGAAGGUUCAACACUUUAUAAACAUAUUCAUGUUCUUGAUCGCCAUUGGAAAAUAAAUCAAUUAAUUGAUAUAGCAAGACAAAUAUGUCAGGGAAUGUCAUAUUUACAUGAUCGUGGAAUCAUUCAUCGUGAUCUCAAAUCAAGUAAUAUCUUUUUGGAUAUGUCUUCUGAUCCGGAUGAUGUUGGAGCUUCUUGUCGUGUUAAAAUUGGUGAUUUCGGCUUAGCAGCUGUAAAAACUGUACUUGCUGAAAGUAUUAAUCAACAAUUCCAACCAAGUGGUUCAGUUCUUUGGAUGGCACCGGAAGUCAUUCAACAAAAAGAUCCUAAUUGUUAUUCCCCAAGUGCUGAUGUAUAUGCAUAUGGAUGUGUUUUAUUUGAAAUGUUUAGUGGAAAAUUACCGCAUACACCAAUAACCAAUAAAGAACAGAUAAUGUGGCUUGUUGGAAAAGGAAGAUUAAAAUUAAAAGUUGAGCAAUGUCGUGACGAUACGCCAACAGCUAUAACUAAUCUUAUUCGACAAUGCAUAGAAUAUGAUCAUGAAAAACGACCAAAUUUUGCACCUGAGAUUGAUGAUACAUUGUCAAAAUUUGAAUGUAUAUUUCCACGUUUACAACGUUCACAAUCAGAACCAUGUUUGAUACGCGCACAUCAAGAUGAUUUGCUUGGUUUAUCAAUACAUUUUGGUGUACCAAAAACGCCAGUAUCAAUUCAUCGACGUUUUAAUGCUGAAGUGUCAUGA